AAGGGCACAAUACCAAACUAAAACGUGUCCACAAAAGAUGGAGAAAAAGCAUUAUGUCCUGGUGCAUGGUGCUUGCCAUGGAGCAUGGAGUUGGUACAAGCUCAAGCCACGUCUCGAAUCCGCCGGCCACCUCGUCUCGGUGCUGGACAUGGCGGCUUCCGGCAUCCACCCCGCUAAAAUUGAAGAUCUCGCUUCUAUGUCCGAUUACUCUGAGCCCUUGCUGAAGUUCUUGGCCUCCCUCCCUCCCAAUGAAAAGGUCGUUCUUGUGGGACAUAGCUUGGCAGGCUUGAACUUGGCCGUCGCCAUUGACCGAUUCCCGGACAAGGUAUCUCUGGCUGUUUUCCUGGCCGCUUUCAUGCCCGAUACCCAACAUAAACCAUCCUAUGUCCUGGAACAGUACAAUGAGAGGAUGCCGGCCGAAGAAUGGAUGGACACACAAUUUCGUCAACGUGGAAGCAUAACCACCAUGUUUUUUGGACCCCAGUUCUUGUCCUCCAAGCUCUAUCAACUCUCUCCCACGGAGGAUCUUGAAUUGGCCAAGGCGUUGAUUAGGCCGGGAUCCCUAUUCGUGGAGGACUUGUCUAAAGCGAACAACUUCUCUGAGGAGGGAUACGGCUCGGUUCCAUGUGGUUACAUUGUUUGCGAUGAGGACGAGGGGAUUCCGUUGAAAUUUCAGCAAUGGAUGAUCCAGAACUUUGGGGUUGAUGAGACUGUGGAAAUCAAAGGCGCAGAUCAUAUGGCCAUGCUUUCCAAGCCUCAAGAACUGUGCCAUGCCCUCCUGGCUAUCGCUUCCAACCAUGUUCUUGUUUAUUGCUUGAAGCCCAACAUAAUCCGAAGAUCUCUGUGGGGCUAAAAGCGCAAGACGUGAUCAUCUUUGAUUGGAGGUGGGAGCGCGGUGGCCGUUGUCAUGUUAGGAGGAAGUGGUUUCAGUGGAUUUAGGAACUUGCUCCGGAUUUAUGAAGGAUGAAGCCAACAAGUCAACAGGAGUUAGCGGGUCUCAUAUGUCAGCCAGCCGCCUUCCUUGAGUUUGUGUCCAUGUGCUUCAUGCGUUUAAAUUGAGUUUUUUUUAGAAGUGAUUUUAUACCAUUGAAGAUAAGUAUGCAAAAAAA